CCCCUUCAUCCUCAUCCAUCCUCCCUGCCAUCUCUCCGCCUGCCGGUACCGGAGGACCCUCAGAGAUGUCUUCCAACGUUCCAAACCUUCUUCUAUAAAGGGUACCUUCCACAUCAGACACAUCGAGAACAACUCACCUUUGGUUCCAUCGUACAAAUGGCUUCUAAAAUUUACAGAUGAUCAAAUCUAAAAUCACGACACAUUCCCAUCGGUGGCCCUCAGCGUACAGCUCUCUCUGAAGUGAGAUACGUGAAGAGAAACUCAUGAUGCAUAGUAUAUCUUAUAGUAUUGUCUGUGUUUGUAAUAUCACAUUUGUCUCAUAAUCCAUAUGGUACCACGGUUUAUUUAGAGGAAUAUUUCUGAGACUUUUUCUCCUGCAACAUGAAAGCAAUUAAUCCGACAUGGAAUCUACCCUUCACGGAGUACGUCAAUCUGUAGGUUUCAUGAAGAUGUAGAAAUUUGUUAAGUGCACAAAUGGUGCCCAAUUUGGACGUCUUUCCCUUUUAAAAUGAGAAAUUGUACCGAAGACAUUAUAAAGGGCAUUACUGCGGAUUGCAAUAUUACCCACUGAGAAACAUUGUUUCAGAGGGCUUUGUUGGAUCUCCAACAAAAAUAUCAGCUGUCUAGAAUUUUGAAGGGAUGAACGUGGUGUAACCUUGAAUGACAUUAAUGACCUCCAUCCCAUGUGGAUUGUAAGGACAGGGGCACAGUGGGAUAUUUAUCUGCAGCUUAAUACAAUUGUAACACUGGGUUCAUUCUGUCAGAAGGAGUGAUUGGCAGACUGAGAAAAGACUUAGGAAAAAAACAAACAUAAUCGUUUUAUUGGAAUCUGUUCUUCCUAGAGAACUCUGUAUGUAAAAUGGCAUCAAACUAAUGGAUCUCUAUAUAAGGAGGAAACUUGGAGAUGUUACUUGGAGAAAGUGACACUGAGAAGGUCCAAGUAACACUCAAACACAAAUGCAGCAUCAACGAGGACGGCUGGGGGUUUACACCGCUGGAGUGAGACACCUCAAGUCUCCCCUGCCACGGAAGUCUGCCGGUCAGAUCCUAGAAGAUGACCAAUACUUUCUCUGACAUUGUGUCCAUUCGUAGCACUGAAAAGGACGCAGCAAUGAACCUGCUGUACAGGAAAAGCAGGGUGGAAUGGAAGCCAAAAGAGGAAGAGUCAAAGAAAAGCUUGGGGAAGGUGCGAGACAUGGCCUCUUUUCGCCGCCAUUUCCGAAUGGGCUUCAUGACCAUGCCAGCCUCACAGGAGCGAGAACCCCUUCCCUGUGCCAAUGCCUUGGCCCCCAGAUCCCUCUCCUGCCACUCAGUGGGUAGUGCUCCUGAGGACAGCACUAGUGAAGUUGGACCCCCAGGAAGAAGACCCCCAGCCAAACCCAAGAGAAACCCAAGCACAAAGCUUAGUCUUGGUGCUGAUGGCUCCCAUCAUGAGGGGCUCAGGAUCCGAAAGGAAGGAUCUGUGAAAAGUGCCUCUGACUGUCGCAGAAUGCCUCCUCAGAAGCCACAGCGAAGUCCCCACACCCAUCUCUCUGCCUCUUUUGAUGACAUGUAUGCCAAUCGCCCUGCAUCCUCUAUCGCAGCUUUCCCUCCAUCCACACGCACUUCUGAUCCCUCCCCGGAGGAACCUGUGUACAUUGAAAUGGUGGGAAACAUCUCUCAAAGACCACCUCCUCCUGCCACUCCAGCACCACCUGAAGAAGAGUCGGAUGGAGAAGAAGAGGCCAUCUACGAGGAAAUGAAAUAUCCCCACCAGGAUGAUCAACCAUCCCAUUUGCGUCAUCCACAGCGAAGGCGUCCCCCACCCCCUAGAACUCCUGAUGUUGACAUUCCACCUCCAUUUCCAAACCUUUUGCAACAUCGGCCUGCACUGUUAGGUGCACCAUCUGGGAAAGGCAACAAGAGCUCAAAGCCAGUGCCUUCAGUCACAUCCAAACUACCAAUCCCACAGAAGGAAAUAGCGCAUACAGUUUCUUCGACUUCCAUUCAUCUGCCUCCCUCUGGUCGAGCCCGUAGUCAUUCAACUCCUCUACCACCUCAGACUUCUGCUCAGCGCAGGCCGGACUCAGAAACCCCAACUCCACGUGGUUCAGGAUGUCUUCAAGAGAAAGGAGCAUCAAUGCUGCCUAUCCCUCAUGGGCACACACGAGACAAAGCCCUCUCAUACACCAUGGUCUACUCUUCAGUUAAAGUUACCCAUUCUUUGCUUCCAGCUGCCCAGGUAGAGGAAAAGACUGAGCGAGAGAUCUCAGUAUUAGCUGGACUGAUAUGCCCAGCAUCUCGUGUGGCAGGAACACAACUGCCCAGUCGCCCACCAUCAGCAUAUCUCCAACAGGGGCAAAGGGAGCAGGCUUCUCCCACUGUCUGGACAUAUCCUGCUGGCAGGAGGCCGCCAGCAUAUGAGAAUAGCCUAAAAAGCACCAGAGGCCCAACGGCAAGUCAGACGUCAGAACUCCGAGGAGGAAGUACAGUUGAGGAUGAAAGAGGUGGAAGCGUUUGGGAGCUACCAAGAAGGAUGUCUUGUGGACGGAGGAGUCAAACUGGUGACCCUCUUCCAGAAGCGUCUCGGGUGUGGAAUGGAACUCCGUGCAGACCAGAGAAGGGAUGUCACACACCAGUAGGAUCAGGAAUUCCUGUGAGGAGCCAACAAAGUCUGGACAGUGCACUUGCCCGUGGUGUGGGACGAACGGGUCUCCCGGUACCAUGCCAAACCUUUCCAGCUUGUCACCGCAAUUCAGAUUUUGGUGGCAGUUAUCGACUCGGCCGAUCUGCUUCCACUUCAGGAGUCCGUCACACAUCUAUCCAAAGGCAAAAUCAGGCCAUACAUCCUCCUUCCACUCCAGUCCCCACCGGCAGCCGAGAAAGGGAUGGGAAAUUGCAGGAGGUGAUCGAGAGAAAACGUUUCCUUUGCCAUGAAAUCAAAUCCAGGCAACCCAGGGCCGAGCGGGGUUUAUGCAAGCAGGAAAGUUUGCCCAUCCUGCCAAGCUGGCGUCGUGGCUCUGAUGGACGCAAAGGGGGCACUCCACCAUGCCACCGGCAGCAAGCCGUGCUGUGGGAUACUGCAAUCUGAAAUCACUUGCCCCCUGCCUCAACCUGGGGACGCUGGACGAAACCCUGAGGAGGUGGAAGUAGGGGGAAAAAAGCUGUAAAGGGAAGCUGGAGGUGAGGAGCUCCAUAGAAAAAACAGAGAUAACAGUUAAGGGAGGACAUAUAUCCUGCAAAAGCUAGGGAAGCUCCUGUAGGGAAAAGUAAGAUGUUCUACCAGGACUAGAGAUUAGUUCAGUUGGGUAGUGGGUAAACUGUGAGGGAGUAAGGAGAGAUCGGCA